AGCCCCGCGGCGCGCUAAGAGCCGACAGCACGGUAUAGGUCAGAUGUGCCUCUAGCUGCCUAAGGCAGUAAGUGCUGAAGUUAUUUGGGUGCAAGACCUGUUGAUCCAUCUCUUCCAAUCUAACUACGUAAUAAAAACUACCCAAAAGGUCAGUCUUUUUGGUAGGGUAGUAGUGCCCAUUUUUCUCAUAAAUAGUGAGUUGUCUUCAUGCAGAAUAUCUUUUUAUAGGUGCCCUUUUGGAAGGGCCCCCACCUGAGAUGCAGAUAUUUAGUUCUCUUGCCACGCUUAGGCUGAAAGCCGGUUUACAUUUGCCAGUUGGGAAGCAGACACCUGGGUUGAUUUCAAGCACUUCUGCUUCCUUGUUAUUACAGAGAGGGAUCAGCUGCCCUUUCAGGCAAUAUCACACAAGACCAAAAAAAAAUAGUUAUGCAGUUAUGUAAAUUCAUGGUGUGCCUCUGUACUUAAUAUUAUGUGCAAUUCUAGUUAUCACAAAUCAAAAAUGAUAUAAUAGAACUAAGUAAGGCAUGGGAUAGGGUGACAGGAGCAAUGAGCUUGGACAGGUUUUAAGCAGAUAUGGGAUGGCUUCCAUACAUGUAAAGGUAGCUAAAUAGGCCUGAAAGAGGAUAGAGCGGGGGAAGGUGAAAUACAGAAGCAUAGUCUCUGAAGUUAUGAACUGCAAGAAGAUAGGAGGAAAAGUGUAUAGCAUUCUCUAACCAGAAAGCAAAUUGAGAACAAAAGCAAGUACUUUCCCACAAAUGAUGAAACUUGUUGCCCCAGGAUAUAUUGGCGACUGAAAGUAUAAUUGGGUUCAAAAGAGAUUUAUUCAGAUUUGUGGAAAAGAGGUUCCUUGCUAUUAAAUGUUACUGUUUGGACUCUGCCUCUGGCUCAGAAAAUCACUAAGCUGAUUGAUUUUUAGAGGUUGCAGAAUAAAAGAUCGUUCUGUACAGACGUUUUCUUCUUAACACUCUUUCCUAAGCAACUGUCAGGUUUUAUCUAAGCUAGCUAUUUCAUAACCAUUUCAGAUUUCAAUUUUAAAAAUCUUUCUUUGAAAGCAGAAACAAAAAGCUAAGACUGGUAAUGUAAACCUAAUGUUACUGAGUCAUGCGCAAGCGAUGCAUGCUGUUUGGAUGUCUUAUGUAGAUAAGGUGAUGUAUUAAUGUAAGAUAAUGUCCUGUGCACUCCACUUAGGGUGGAGUGAGACCUUGAGACCAAAUGUCUUUAGUACUGAAAUAGCGUAAGAACAAUAUAGUUACAACUACUGUGUUGGCUUUGAAUGGUUAUCGUGAUGCAUUAGUGAUAAAUAACAGCUGAACAGUACAUUAUGACCUUUAAAUACAGAAAUCAUAUUUCAUCAACUAAUUUGGAGUUACCACAAGACUAGUAUUGAAGUGCUAGAUUACAUGCAUAAUUUUUAUGGCUAGUUCAGAAAUACCAAUAGAAUGUAUUAACUUGCAUUUAUUUGUAGUAGUGGUGUCAUAUUUGGUUCAGCUGUUUAUUUUUUGGUGAAAAAGAAAAGUAAUUUUAUAAUCCAUAUUAUAAAAUGCUACAAAUUAAUGAAAGCUGUGAUGUUGGCAAGAACAGUGACUAUUAUGCUAUAUUGGGCUUGAAAUUCAUGUCAGUCACUCCUCUUUGCUUUAUUUGCAAUUUUUGAAUUAUAUUUGAAGAUGGGCAAAGUUUGUGCCAUUUUUGGAGGAUCACGAGGAAUAGGAAAAGCUGUUGCAGAAUUACUGGCCCAGAAAGGCUGCCGCCUGGCGAUUAUUGCUAGAAAUCUGGAGGUAGCCCAAACCACUGCACAUAAUCUUGGUGAAGGACAUCUGGCACUUAGCUGUGAUGUAUCCAGAGAACAAGAUGUCCAAAAUACUUUUGAAGAGAUGCAGAGGAAUUUAGGUCCUAUUAAUUACUUGGUUAAUGCAGCUGGGAUCAGCAGGGAUGGCUUGUUACUGAGAACGAAGACUGAAGAUAUGAUAUCCCAGAUUCACACUAACCUUCUGGGAACAAUGUUGACGUGCAAAGCUGCUGUAAAAAGUAUGAUUCAACAACAGGGAGGUGCUAUUGUUAACAUAGGAAGUAUUGUAGGAAUUAAAGGCAACUCUGGUCAAAGUGUGUACAGUGCUAGCAAAGCAGGAUUAGUUGGAUUUUCACGCUCUCUUGCUAAAGAAGUAGCAAGAAAGAAAAUUCGAGUCAAUGUGGUUGCUCCAGGCUUUGUUCACACAGAGAUGACUGCUCAUUUGGAAGAAGAUCAGUUGAAGAAAGCAGUUCCUCUCGGGAGAUUUGGAGAGCCUCGUGAAGUUGCACAAGCUGUUGUCUUUCUGCUAGAGUCUCCUUACGUUACAGGGAGUGUUCUAAUUGUAGAUGGAGGCUUGCAGCUUUUGACUUAAAUGCUAUAUCGAAUAAGUGCCAUACUGACAUGUCAUGAUGGUGCUUAUAAAACAUACACUAAUCAAAGGUAGGGGGCAAAAAACUUAGCUGAAGAUUGACAUAUGUAAUUGACUUGGUACCCUCUAGUCAGAGUGGUAACUCGUAAGUAAUAAAGUGCAGCAUGUAUGUUUAGUUGCCUGAAAAAAUCGACAAAGUCUGUGUAUGAAACAUAAAAUUAAAAAAGGUCUGGUUUGGAAUGAGGAUAGCUUUAAAUAAUAUCUUGAUAUAUCUUAAAAGCACUAUAUAUUUAUAAAGUCAUGUUUUCCAGUUUGGGGUAGCACGGAGAUUAUAUUCUGAAUUAUUAUGUUACACAAAAAUGAAUAAAAUGUGGAGGCAUGUUUACUGGUUGGCAGUUACGAUUGCAUCAAGUUUAUCAUGUAGGGAGAGGAUUGCGAACUGUUUAAUUUUUUAUUCUUAUCAGUACCUAGAAAAUUGGUUUCCUUUUUUGUUUGUUUAUAGCUGAAACUACAAAGCUAGAAGCUUCUAGAUCUCCAGCAUACCUGAAUUGCCUUUAGGAGAUUUAAUAAUACAUAAUGCACUUUUAUAAAGACAAAACCUGCUCAGUUCUGUUCUUAAAUAUGCAUACAGUGCUCAUGUAUUUCAGCAGCGCUUGAGGAUAUAUUGAAGGACUCCUGAUUGGUCAUUGGAGAUGUUGAUUUUGUAAUAUUCUGAGUUCAAACUGAAAAUACACUGUGAACUGUGCAGUUGCAGAUGUUCCACAUAAAAGGUGUGAAAGUAGCUGUGCCUUUUCACUGACUUGAAACAUAUUUAGAAACAAAUAACAAUUCCAAAGUGUGAAGUCAAGGUGUAUUGCUGUAAAUCUUCUUGAAAACUCAGUUCAACUGUGUUGUGCUGAUGUUCUUUAAUAUUUAUGUACAGUCAAUAAAAUAGCCAUUUAUCUUA